AUGGCCAACACCAUCAGCCCCCAGGCCAGCGCCUACAUCCAGACCUACACCACGAUGCCGCUGUCACCAGCAGCGAUCGAGGAGGUGGAGGCUGCCUACCCAGACCUAGGCAUUCGCCGUGUGGACCGCGACUGGGCCAACAACAUCCACCAGCAGCAGGAUGUGUGCUCUGAGUUGAUGCAGAUCAUCGGUGACAUCCAGCAGGCCGAGGCUACCGGGGACGCAGACAGCGUUGCUGAUCUUGCUGGACUGCGGGUGAUGCUGCAGGUGGCACAAGACGAGCUGGUGGAGUUGGGCAUGGAAGUCCGAGUCCUCAGCAGCAGGUAUCAACUCCUGUUGCUAGAGAUGCGGGACCGGAUGGAAUUCAUGGUGCUGCAAGACAAUAACCAGCAACCGGUCUGCCCUUGCCGGGCCUGCAGGGAGGAGGGGUUUUUCUACUGGGAGCCCUUGGGGCAUCUGGAGCUCCUCGACCUGUGGAUGCUGGACAGGGAGCAGAUGGAGGGGGCGGAUGAGGAGGAGGCGGAGUUUACGGAGGGGGAGGAGGUGGAGGAUGGGGAGGAUGAGGAGGUGGUUGAGGAGGAGAACGAGAUCUGA